UUAGUUAAAUGGUAACACUGUACAGAAAUAUUUGAAAACAAGAAAAGAAAUAAAAAUGGUCACUGGUCAUUGAUUGGAAAAAAUAGUAACCGUUUUCUGUAAUUAAAUAUGUAAGUUAACAGUUUCCUACCAAACUACUAUAUUCUUAUAAAUACACUAUAUGAAUAUGUUACGCAGCGCCCCGUUCAGGGCUUCUUUCUAAUAACGUAAUGCCUAGAUUGAAAGCUUUGUAAUUACGGUCUACUAAACAGUGAAUUACCAACUGGAAUAAAUAAGUAUCGGCAACGAAAGGAUUAACAAUGACUGCGGAUAGUGUAGCAGUGGACAGAAUAUGCCGAAUUUGUCUAAAAGAAGGUAAUAUACCCAUAUAUGGAAAAACCGUAGACACCGAUUUCUCGUUCGAUGUGCGGACGUUUGGCGACAUAGAACUUACAGAAGAAGACCGAUAUCCAAAACACUUGUGUGCGCCAUGCCAUGCGUUGUUACAAUCCGCCAAACUUUUCAGAAAGACUGCGAAAUUAUCAGACGACAUACUAAAAAAAUAUGACAGUGAUGAAGAAUCAGAUGAAGAACUGCUUUCAGAUGACCUUGAAUGGGACUCCGAGGACAACAUUAAAGUCUCGGAACUGUCUAAAACACUUGAUGAGGAUAUAAACUUAAAUAAAGAUAUGGAAGAUGUAAAGGUGGGUGAAAGUUUUGUAGACAAAUUAAACUUAGACACAACUGUUGAGAACUUAUCCUGUGCAGUUGAUCCAUGCGACAUAAUGGAUAGCAAACUAUUUCAAUGUGAGAGCAAGGCAAACACCAGUAAACAAAGUGAGAAGGAUUAUAAGCUGUCCACUGCUUUUUUAGUGGAAAAUUUCUUCAUAGAAGUCCCACAAGUAAGUGAAGACAGUAAUUUUAAAUGCAGAUUGAAGUAUUCAAAAUACCAGUGUAAAGUAUGCUCAAUCCAAAUGUACCCAAACAUACAUGCAACAUCUGUGGUAAAAACUUUGUACAGAAGGACGCACUAUUUAACCACAGAUUUAUACACAGUACUGAAUUCACAUUUCGAUGCAAACUGUGUCCAUACAAAGGACGCAGUUCAAAAUACUUAAAAACUCACAUGCGCACCCAUCUUAGAGACUAUAGAUAUUUCUGCAAUGAGUGUCCAGCAAAAUUUUUGACUAAAAGUAACUAUAAUAGACACAUAGCACGACACAAGGAACCUACAUAUCAGUGUGAGGCUUGUGAUAAGAGUUUCCGUUGGAAAUGCAGACUGAAACAUCAUUAUGACACUGAACAUUUGGGUCUGAGGAGCCAUAUUUGCACUCUUUGUGGCAAAGGUUUCUCUUAUAGAAAAGAUCUAAGACGACAUGAGA